CGUCUGGUGAUACUGAUACCAGUGAUUCAGUGAUUGUCUAGCCAGUUAAUGUGCUAGAAAGUAAACAUAUUAGUGACAUUUGAAGUAAAGCAAAAAGUAGGACCUAAGGAGAUUUAAAAGUGGAAUGUGAAUCUUUUGGAGAUAACAAAAAUAUACGUGACAUAUUUGAAAGUAAGCAUAAAGAAGCAUACUCAAGAAAAUAUCAAAAAGUGUCUGAAGAGCUUAGUUGAGUAAAAAGUUCAAAGUUUUGUGUUUUUUUCUGAGUUUUAAUGGAUCUGAAACGGAGACAGAAAAGUGGGUCGUUCGGGAUUUAAAAACGCGCAAAUUUAGACUGCGGAAGUGAGACGUCUUUACCAAAAUGUGUUUUUGUGAAACGUGAAGGAAAAAUUUUCAAGGAUGAUGUGAUAGUGAAACUAAGCAAUAGAUAAACUAGUUUGAUAUAAAGUGUAAAGUUUGUGAUGAAAAUAAUAUGUUCGGAAAUCUCAAACUACCCUUGAUAAAACAGAAGGGGAGCAAGGAGGAACCCCUGUAUUGUUACAGGAGUGUGAAGACGAAACCGCCAAAGACACCAACUUUGCGCUCGAAGAGACAUCAAAGACGUCGCUCCGAGCCCGGCAUCGUCCCGUCCAUAGUCGGCUUCGCAAAAGACUCGGUCGCUCACGAAUCGGACCGGCUUGCUCCCGGCGACAGGAUCUGCAGUGUGAACGGCAUCUCUACCGCUCGGCUUACCAAUGAGGAGGUGUUGCGGUUACUCGACAAUGUGGAAGAACGAGCGUCGUUGGAGGUGGAAUACUAUAUGCCCAACUAUGCAUCGCAAAACUCGCUAUACAUCACAACAAAGCUAGCAGAGGUGCCCAUGGAGAAAAUCAACGGCUCUCUCGGUAUAACCAUCCGAGGAGGUCUACCCGAGAACUCUGGGAGUGCAGACCUGGUGCUGAACAGCAGGUCUCUGGACGCGCAGCCGUUGGUGGUGACGCACGUGAGGCCGGGCGGUGCGGCGUAUAACACGUCCAGGGUCAAACCGGGAGACCGGCUGCUCAAAGUUGACCAUAUCUCCCUGACCAACAAGACCCUCUCCGAAGUCCACCAGAUCCUCCAGAACUGCCCACAAAUGACCAGCCUGACUAUAGAAUACGACGUCUCCAUAAUGGAGUCCGUGAAGCUAGCAACUGGGCCUCUUCUAAUAGAAAUAGAGAGGCCUUGCAACGAAGAUUUGGGCUUGUUCCUGGCCAACCAUAGGUACUCUGAUGACGUGUACAGUUCCGGUUCUGACACGUAUCAGAGGGUUGGGAACUGUAAUGCUGUCUAUAUUGAUAGUAUAUUGCCGGCGAGUAUAAGUGAUAGAUGUGGUGCCCUUCAUCCUGGCGAUCAGAUCCUAGCCUUCGAUGAUCACGUGAUCGAUGGGAACAACUAUACAGCUGAAGAGGUCAUGUGCUACCUGGAAAAUUGCGAACACGGGGUGACCAGACUACAUGUCGCGCCAAGGCAUAUAGCUCAUGGAGGAUAUACUAGAGUUAGGUCCGCCGGUUGGUUGAGGAUCGCUGCGCAGGAGGAGGUGGUCGUCGUGUUGGAGGUGGAGGUGGAGGCUGACGGCGACUCGGCGGAGGCGGCGGCGGGGGUGCUCGCCUGCGUCCUUGGUAUUGGUAGACUGGGGCCUGAUAUUGACAGUCAACAAAACUACAUGAGCAUGGGCGUCUGCCGAACAGAUUCCCUGAACAUCCAGCUAGAAGUCCCGCCAGGACACAGCAGCGGAUUGGCGGUUCAUGAGGAGAACUGCGCUCUCCUCAUAUCACAUGUAGUCGCUCAGUCUCCCGCUUACAGAUCCGGUUGCCUCCAAAUACGAGAUCGAGUGAUGUCAAUCAACGGCCACGAGAACCUGACCCUAGACAUAGCCAAUGAGAUCUUACAGAGACGUAACGAUUCGCACAACCCGAAGUACCUGACUCUGAACGUGGAGUUCAGUAUGCCGAACACUAUUGAGGCAUCUAGUGGGGUGUUCAAUGUGAAACUGGCUAAGACGACGGCGGGGCUUGGCGUUACUAUAACUGGGUGCAAACAAAAACUGUUAAGCAACGAAGAGCCAAUGGUGAUAUCUGACAUCAAACCGGGUUCCGUGGCGCAUCGCAGUGGCGCCCUAGCGCCAGGCGACCAAUUAUUGGCCAUCAACGGACAACCGUUACAUAACUUGUCUUUAGACACCGCGUUCAACAUUCUUCAAAAUUCUCCAGACGAUAUAAUUACACUUAAAAUAAGGAAACGUGAUUUAACAGAAGAUUGGUCAAACAUUCAUAAACACAACGCAAAACUGGCUUUACAAAGCUUUAGUAACAUAGAAAUUAAAGCAGUAGUACAUAAUGGUGAUGAUUCAGGACACCACACUGACAGUCCUAAUAACAGUGCAAAAGAAAGUGAAAGAAGUCACGGCAGUAAUGAAAAUACAGCAGUUUUUACUGUUGAGUUGAUAAAGCAAGAAAAUGGACCGCUUGGUUUGACUAUUGCUGGAAGCGAAGAUGUUACACAGCCAGUAUUACUAAGUGGACUUGUUGAAGGUGGUGUAGCAGAGAAAUGUGGAAAAUUAGCAAUAGGUGAUGAACUAUUAACCAUAAAUGGAGAAAGUGUUUUAAAUAAGCCGCUCUCAGAGGCUAUUAAAUUGCUACAACAGAGUGGUCAGCGAGUCCAAUUACAACUAUGUAGGAAAAUUACUGGUUCGGUAGAGAGUGCGGAAUCCAGCGCAAGGGAUUCCAGUCAUUCCACUUCCAGCCCUGGACUAUCCAAUGACAGUGCUGUUGAAUCCUGGGAUCAAAACACACCUGUUAGAUCUAGCGCAAGUUGUGGUAACUCAGAAGUAAUAGAAUACGCUAUACCUGACAAAAAUAGACUCACCGACAAGCAACCAUAUUCACCCACCGAUGAAGAUAAACUGAUGGCAUCAAACUACAACUCCGUUGCACCGUUCGGCGUAAACGAUCUGCCACUGCCUAAUUACUCAUUAAAUAAUUCCUUGAAGACCUUCCAUUAUGAAAAUACUUGCAUCAUCCCGGAAAAUACGUUAAAAAACAAACAAAACAUAACUAGAGAAGACGAUGUACAACAAAUAGAAAUACUUACAACAAACAUGAAGGAUUGUCAACUACACAAUAUGGAGAAGUCUUCUUGCAAAUGUGAUUACAUACAAAUGUCCCCAUAUGGCAUUGUUUCUCCUAAAAGUAGAAGACCGAACUGGGAUAACGAUUAUUUAAAUAAUGGAAUUUAUACCGUCACAACACCACAGAAAUCUCCUUUGAAACCAAAUGUACCUGGUACGAGUUUUCAAUUUUCUACGAGUCCCGUGUAUGAAAAUGAUGUUCCAAGUCUCUACAGCAGCGACACCCUUUCUCCAGCCAAGGGCUCCAUCCACCACGUGAUCUUAUACAAAGACGCCAUCUACGAUGACUACGGUUUCUCCGUGUCCGACGGUUUGUACGAGCGAGGCGUGUACAUCAAUCGGAUAAGGAAGGGCGGGCCGGCCGAUAUUGUCGGACUGCUCAGGCCUUUUGAUAGGAUUUUGCAGGUAAAUGGAACCAGAACGGUGGACUACGACUGUUGUCUGACAGUGCCUCUCAUCGCGGCGGCAGGAGAUCGGCUAGAGAUCGUUGUUCAGCGACUUGCUUCCUCGCGAGACCUAAAACUGCAGAGGUUGGACGGGAGUUCAAGUCCCAGUGACAGUAACAUAGUGACUAAGACCAUUUAGUGCUUAACCCGGCUGUAGUGAACUUACACCAAAGGCCUUGACAAAGAUAAUUUUAAAGACAAUCGUAACAGUGUCUAGUUAUAAUAUAAGUAGUGUAUAUUUAAAAAAAAAAUAGAACAAACUUAUAAAAUAUUGGUAUACUCUAUUCCAAAUACAAAGGCCCGAUAGUACUUGAAACUUAAAAACUUAAACUUAAAAGAGCUUAUUCUCUUUGCAUUUUGAUAUCUCAUUAGAAGCACUUGAAACUGCAUACAAUUAAAACAAAAGUGCAUGUAAAAAAUGCUACACCAAAAAAGGUUCUGACCAGAUAUCUUUUGUUUCCAUUAAUCGUAUAAUGACCGGCUUAAGGGCUAUCGGGCCUUCGUACUUGAUAUGGAGUAAAAUAACAAAUAUUAGCAAAACGAGGUCUGUUUCAGGACAGAAAACUAACGAAUAGAAAAACAUCAGGGUUUAACUGAUUAUAAAAUACUAAAUGUAGUUAAAAAUAAACGUAUAAUUUUUAAGAUUAUAGAUAUAGAUGGUGAUGCAAUCACUUUGUCGAUUUAGUGAAAUAUAAUAGAUAGGAAUGUGUGUUGGUAUGUUAAUGUGUAAAAUUGUUUUUUAAUCCCGUAUGUGCCUACAUAAUUUUUUGUACGAGGAUCAUGCAAAAAAAACUUAUUUUAACGUAGAAUCUGCGAAAAUUAUCGAUUUGUUAAUUUUUAUUUACAACACUUUAAAUAAUAUGUAACAUUACAAGCGGCAUAGGUACAAUCCUUUAAAUUAAGUCCUAAUAUUUAAUUUUAAGUAUCUUAAAGCCCAACAUCCUUAAAUUAAAUUUCUGUUAUUGAA